UCCUAUUUUUUUGAAAAAUUUCGUGUCGGCAUGUUCGUGUCGUGUCGUAUCCGUGUCCGUGCUUCUUAGACCAUAACAACUGUUUCGAUGUCCCGUAUCAUAAGUAUUUGGUAUUACCUGCUACAGUUGUAGACCGUUUAUUUAAGUGUUGAAGAUUAUCACUUAUGACGUACAAUUUAACUUAAUUGUUGUUCGUUGCUUGUUCCAUGUAAACAUGUAGUUUUACUGCCAUUUUAGCAUGUACCUUCACAUAAUGUACGUUAUCAAGUUGCCUCCUCUUUUAAUUUUGUUCUACUUGUGAUUUACUCAUAAGAGUUGGGUUUUAUUGUGUUUUUCUUAGUUAUGUUCUUAUGUAUUUAUUUACUUUUUUUCAAGGCCGGCAUGUACAUACAUGCAAGAGCAUCUGCUAAUGGUAAACGUGUUCAGGUGUGUGCUGUUCAUCUUCCUCCAGUAACAGGCAUGCAUUUCCUUAUGACUUGUGAGCAACCUAUGGUUGCUCUGUUGUCCACAAAAUUGUUAAGUUGUCAUGAUUGGUUGGCUGACUGUUCUCUUCAGUCCAAUAUUGGAGCCAAGAAUCAUGCAAUUGUCAUGACUGAUGCAAGAAUGGACGCUACUUUAAAUGCUCUGGUUGCGGCUGGAUUUGGUGCUGCAGGACAAAGGUGCACAGCAUUGAGCACAGUUGUUUUCGUUGGAGGCUCAAAAUCAUGGUAUUCUGCCAUCUCCCUCAUCUAUUUGGCAAGCUCUCAAGAUGGAGAAUUUGUUUCUUUUUUCCUUCAUUCUUUCUUUCUUUGUUUCCUUUAUUUCUUGGGCUGCUGA